GUCAACAUUGGACUUUCAGGAUCUGCCCCCAUUCCCUCCUUUCACUCUCUCCCUCCUCCAUUGCCCAAAGCUUCAACCGACCAACCAACGAACCCAUUUCCUUCCGCAAGAGAUCCCAAUCUCCUCUGCAGCUCUGACCACAGCCGCCCAUGAGGCUCCUGAGCUUGCUGGACUAUGAGAAGGAGCAAGAGCUGGCCCAGUUGGAGAGCUCUGCCCCCAUCAAGAAGCUCAACGAAGCGGCAAUGGCGGGCGAUGUCCCAGCUCUCCUCGGACUCCUCGAAACCGAUCCUUCCCUCCUCGACAGAAGCAACCCGUUGCACGUAUCAGCCCUUCUGGGUCAUUCGUCCUUUGUCCAUGAACUUCUGACUCUAAAUCCGAAGCUCGCUGGAGAGACAAACCGCCGCGGGUCUCUGCCUCUCCACGUUGCCGCUGCAAAAGGGCACUUGGAGAUUGUCAAGAAGUUGUUGAAGGUCCACCCUGAUGCUUGUUUGGUGUGGGACGUUGAUGGGAGGACUCCACUGCACUUAGCUGCAAUCAAAGGCCGCAUCCAGGUUGUGACUGAAUUGGUCCGGGUUGCUCCCGAGUCGGCUCGGGUGCUAACUAAGGGAGGGGAGAGCGCGCUUCACCUCUGCCUGAGGCAUAAUCGAGUCGAGGCAUUGAAGGUCCUAGUGGAGUGUAUAGGGAGUGAUGAUGGGUUCUUGAACUGGAAGGACUGUGACGGUAACUCUGUGCUGCACAUUGCUGUGGAGAAGAAGCAAUUAGAGAUCGUGAAGUACUUCCUAUACAACACCAAGAUUGAUGCAAACGCCCAGAAUGCAAAAGGCUUCACGCCAAUCGAUGUCUUAACAAAAGGGAAAAGGGAUGUACGGGACCUGGAAAUUAAUAAACUCCUAUUGCUGGAUUUGAGAUCCUCGAAAGUACAUGAAUCACCACCCUUCGUUGACGGUGGAGACACAAUUGAAGCAGUUCCCAUGGAAGUCCCCAACAUUCUCCGGAAAAUGGCUGGUCCAAAACAGCCUGUUAAGAAGCACACAGACUGGUUGGGUCGGAAGCGGAGCGCCCUGAUGGUGGUGGCGUCGCUCAUCGCAACUGUGGCAUUCCAGGGCACGCUGUCUCCACCUGGCGGGUUCUGGCAGGAUGAUUUCACAGCAGACCCAGCCCACAACGGAACGGAGAAGUCCCACAAGGUGGGGAUGGCUGUCAUGGCCACGACCCUCCCGAAGGCAUAUGGGCAGUUCAUGAUCUUCAACACCCUCGCAUUUCUCUCUUCCCUCAGCAUCAUUCUCCUCCUCGUCAGUGGCCUCCCAAUGAAAAGGAGGCGGUGGAUGUGGACCCUGAUGGUCACGAUGUGGAUUGCCAUCACGGCGCUCACGUGCACCUACUUCAUCUCGUGGAUCCACAUGACCCCAGAGGACAACACUGGGGUGCUCUUCAGCGUGACCCGGGUCUCGGUCAUCCUGUGGCUCUGUAUCAUGGGGAUUGUGUUCCUCGGGAAUGUGUUUAGGAUGGGCAAGUGGCUGCUGAGGAAGUACGGGUACAUAAAGGAGGAGGAGCAGCAGCAGCAGCCUUCUGAUGAGGUCUAUUUGGAGGAUGAAGAGAAUGAUGAUCUGUGAAAUAUCAGGUGAACUGAGGAUGUUUGAUGUUAUUGAUUAAUGCUUGAAUUGUAUCAACUGCUUUGACAUGGAGAAGUAGCAAAACAAACAUAAUGUAUAGAAAAUUUUUGAUAAGAUUCGGCAGACAUCUUGCGAUGCUGUUGGUGAUAGAGAUGCUUUCCAGUUCGAUUCGAUGAUGGACAGAUCUGUUUACUUUUGGAA